AUGGACGAGGAAGAGGAGAGGACGGAGUUCCUGAGGGAUCGGUUUCGCCUAUCCGCCAUCGCCAUCACGGAGGCAGAAGGUGCGGUCCGGUAUUCUCUGCCGCUCUCUGUUUCUGUGGUUCAUUUUUCUACCUCUUCCCUCUGCUCUGUUCCCUGACGCGUCCCUGAAUACAGGAAGGAAGCAAGGCAUGGAGAUAUCUGAGCCUGUAGUGGCAUGCAUCGCCGACCUCGCAUUCAAGUUCUCAAGUGAGGCAUUGAAGUUGUGGGAAAUUUACUUUGAUGUACAAGUGAUCCAUGAUGUUAAAUCGAACAGAAACAUAAACAGAAACAAUUAUAGCCUUUCUAAUGUUUAGGUCUCUCUUUUCAGUAUGAAUCAGUUUUUUAAUUGCAUUUCUGAGCUACUUUUUAUUUUAGUGCUGUUUAAUUUUGUGGCUUUAUACCACUUACAUAAGAGAAAUCGGCGUUUGGUCGUAGAGCUCAAACUUACGUAUAAACGUAAAUUUUGAAAUACUAUUUAAUAGAAUGAGCAUCGUUUCACAUUAAGUGAGAUAUUAUCUUUAGCACCUCCCUUCCUCAGUAACUUGACUUCCAUAUAACUUUGUCCCAUUGAAAACACAGAUUUCUAAUGGUGUCUGGGACGACUCUGGUACAAUGUAUCAUUGAUGGAGUUUGUAUAUAUGCUUUAACCACAAUGUUUAUUUCUCUUUUUGGCAACGUGUUACUACUUUUCCACUCACUACUCACCUGGAAGGUUAAUCAUCCCAUGUUGUGAGAGUUCUAUUGUAGAAUAUGGCAGAAUUCUUCCUCAUUUCUUAGAUGUGAGUCUUCACUUUUUGGAAGUCUUAUUAGAUUUUUUGCUAGACAGAGCUAGGGGUUUAUCAAAUCCUCAUACCACAAAAUCUGGCCUUUUGCAUCGGAGUCUGGCAGGUUCAAAUUCAAGUUGAUUAUAGAAGCACUUAGUAUGUAUAUAGCCUUGAGCAACAUUUAUUUUCUGAGAAUCCUCAAGGCAUUAGCAAUCUGAUGCUGGCUCCAUAGGAAUUGCCGUCUCUAUUCAAAGAUCGCACCCAAGGAUCAAAAUCUACGAACAGUGGUUCCCUCUGUUCGUUAAUAACUUUUAGAAACUGUAAGACCAUGAAAAUGGUAGAUUUAGUGCAGGAACACAAAAUCACUGCAGGGAAUGUGUACUUUCUUUAACCAUUCUUUCUGGAACAAACUCUUGUGACGAAGGACAUUAUUUUUUUGGUAAUUUCUAAUGUUUAUCACUGUUUCCUUGUUCUCUCUAGCCAGCUAUCUCCACAUAGUCGUUCUUAUUUUUUGCAUCUGAACCUGCGUGAUACACAUCAUAUGAGAAAGGGUUUUUAACCAAAGGAUAGUUAGGAUAGUGUAUCCUGACAAUUAUGGAAAUCCUUAUGAUGCAUCCCUUAUUUUGGUGUUCUUCGUCGUAUUACCUUUUAGUUUUAUUCUUCUUUGAGGGGUGCCAAUGAGAAAGGGAUGUUACUGGAGAGAUUUAAUGAAUGUGUCAUAUGCGAUAGAUUUAAUGAGAAAGGGAUCUUAUGUAUAUAUAUGCACAUGCAUCAAUAUCUCCGCCUCUAGAUUUUCCUUUUGUUUCUAUCUAGGGGUGGUGCUGCUGACUUGCACUCGAGUACAUAUUUACAUGAGCCUUGUUUCACGCUUCCACUGCUGUUCCUGUCAAGAAAACAUUUCUGAUAUUUUCAUGUGAAAACGCUACUUUUCUUAGGAAAUGGACACGAAUUAUUGAAAUUUAUUCUUAUCUGUUUUUCGCAAAGCAGAGCAACUGGCAAAGGACUUGGAGCUCUUCGCGCACCAUGCUGGUCGAAAAUCGGUGACUAUGGAAGAUGUUAUACUAUCUGGUUAGUCUUCACUGGAUUUUCGUUGUAAUUCUCUCUCCCUGCUUUAACUCACCAACAAUAACUUUCAGCUCACAGGAAUGAGCACCUGGGCUGCCUGUUGAGGGCUUUAUCUCGUGAACUGAAAGGAAAGGAACCCCAGAAUGUAAGGAAGAAAAGGAAAACCUCAAAGACAGAAGAUGCACCAACCAGCUGA